GACCUGUCACGCUCCAUCGCUAAUCAGGCCUGCGCUAAUCUCAUGCUCCGCCCCAGUUUCCAAACAGACCACAUGUGUCCUCCAUCUUUUUAAUGUGGUCAAAGUUCAUCUGUCCCGGCAUUCCAUCCAGGAGAAGUUGCGCUGGUGCACAAACGGUGUGACACAGUCGCCAUCUAAAGUUUUCGCCUCACCUCAGGGAAGAUCGGCAGUGAUUGGGUAGACACGCAUAUCUCAGCGGGCCCGACCUCCCGAAAGGGACACAAGGAACGGAGGUUUGCAACGAAAACAUUGCAUCAGGCGACAACAAUCACAUUGUUGACUGGGGUACCCACUGUCUUGACCGCAAAGCAGGCUUGGCACGCAAAUACUCUCAGCACGGGGGCGGACGACCCUGGUGAACCUGAAACAACCCAGGAAAAAAAUUCUCCUUCUGCGACAAACAACAAGACGCGCCGUAAAUAGGAAGUUCGUCACGGCUGCGGAGAUUGGUUGGAGCGGCGACUGAAAUUUAAACCCGACCAUUCGGAGGGUUCAUGUUCUCGGGAAAACACGUGGUGACACGCAGGACGACGGCCUGACCCCGUCUGGCUCAAGGAAACUCCAAUCGCCCGAUGACAAGUACAAUAAAUAAAUCGCGAUCGUGAUUUUCUACAGGAGUCAUCAUCUCGUCGACGACGUUCGUUUGUGCACGUGCGUCCUCGGCCUGCCCGGAGCUGCCUUCCGUCGGGACUUUGUCGUGCGCUGUUCGUGAGUUGUCGUCACCCCUGGUCUCCAGGGGAAGCCUGCUAAUUCCUAGCAUUUUCUCCUUGCGCCAUUCAGCAGUGCCCAAGCGAGGAUAAUACCCGUCCUUUUCCAUCAAAGGUUUGGCCCGCAGUCUAAAGAGGAUCCUCCGAGAUGAGGUCCAAGAAGAUGCUGCUACUGGUAUCGGGACUCUUCCUGGUAUUGUGGAGAAACGUCGAGGCCGCAGCCGCCGAUUCAGCCUUGGAUCAGUUUUCAAAAACAGCUGGCAGCGGUCUGAGCGUGGUGCUAGGUCGGCACCUGUACAAAUACCACUCCGGAGUGGCCGCGGAAGAGUGUGCGAGACGGUGCGUGCAGGAGGAAGACUUUGUCUGCCGGUCCUUCGAUAUCAAUAAAGUUGGGUGCUACGUCAUAGCGGAAAACUGGCCGAGUGCGCCCGAGGACAAGUACAAAUGCACGUCCCCGGAGUGCGGAUGGGACCACUACGAGCGACUAGGCCUAAAACCGACGGAGAAGAACGAGGUGUGUUUUACGAAGGAGGGGAAGAUCGCCUACAACCCCGACACGCAGACCUGCUGUAUCGAUGGCGUCAAGGAAGGCGCCGAAAACAAGCACAUAUGCAAGACGUGCGGCUCGACAAUGUUCGCCAUGCCGAAGGACGGUCCCACCUGGAGGUGCUGUGGAUCAAAACGCGACGUUCCGUACAAUCCCGAAUCCCAUCACUGCUGCUUCGGCAAUGUUCGGGAGGGACCCGAAGAGGAAACGGCCUGCUUCCGAUGCGGAAAGAACGUCGUGUCCAUCCCGGAGAAGGAGGCUGACGACUGGAUGUGUUGCGGGAAGAAAAACAAGCCUUACAACACCAAGAAAGAACACUGCUGCUUCGGCGAGGUAAAAGAAGGGUCGGACGAGAAAUUUGCGUGCCAGAAGUGCGGGAAAAAAGUUUUCAGCAAGCCCCGGUCGGACCCGUCCUGGAGAUGUUGCGGGAAGAAGAACGACAUGCCGUACAACCCCGACACUCACCACUGCUGUUUCCACGAGGUGAAGGAAGGGUCCCAGAAAGAGCACAUGUGCCAGAGGUGUGGAGACAAUGUCUUCAGCAAGAUGAUCUCCGAGCCGUCAUACAAGUGCUGUGGACCUCAGAUGGAGCCUUACAACCCUAACAGUCACCACUGCUGUUUUAACGAGGUUCGGAAAGGCUCUGAGAAGAAGAACGUGUGUCAGCGGUGCGGCGCGAACGUGUUCAGCCGCCCGUCCUCCGACCAGUCCUGGUGGUGCUGCGGCAACAAGGACCUGCCCUACAACCCCACCUCUCACACCUGCUGCGGCGGGGACGUGCUGAAGGGACCAGACGACGACAACGUGUGUCAGAAAUGCGGCGACGUGUCCUUCCUGCGGCCCAAAACCGACCCACGCUGGCACUGCUGCGGCGACGACAACACCCCCUACAACCCGAAAACGCACUACUGCUGUUUCGGGCAGCUGAAGGACGGGGCGGAGUCGCAGUACACGUGCCUGCGGUGCGACAAGAAGGUGUCCACGGUGCCCGCGAACGGCCCCGUGUGGGGAUGCUGUGCAGACCUGGCCUACAACACGGAGAAGCAGGUGUGCUGCAAGGACGAGGUCUUCCAGGGGACCAAGUGUAACGCGCCGGGUGUCAAGCCUGCAUCUGACUUGGCCGAGCAGACGAAACAAGGCGAGGACCCAGGGGCGUACAACUCGAAUCCCGAGGGCUCCGAGGCGCCGAAGGAGCCGGCCUUCAAACCCGAGGGCGAGGAGGCCGGGACGGGCGGCUGCAGCGUCAACACGGGCGGGCGGCAGACAGCCACGCAGAUCUGCUGUGGAAACAGGUUCUAUCCCGGGAAUGUGGCCAUUAACGUGUGCAGGACGUGUGGAGCGCACUUCUUUGUGGACACGUUGCUGGAGAAGCCGAAGAGAUGCUGCGGAGAAGCUCCGAUGAACCCGGACACCCAGGUCUGCUGCAGGGGCAAGGUCGUAGACGGGAAGUCAUGUGAUGGUUCACUGCCGGACCUGGGUGCACAGUCCUCCGAUCCGGCCAUAGACACAGCUCUGCUGCCCAGUCUGACCGGAGACAGCUCGCAGCAACAGGUCUGCAAUGUCCGUGGCAUCGGUCUGCAGAACUACGACCCCAAAAGGGAGACGUGCUGUGGAGACAAACUGUUUGAUGGCGCCGAAGACGAUAUUUAUUGCCGAAGAUGUCGUGACGUGUCGUUCGUGGAGCCGAAGAGCGGGACGGCGCGCCGUUGCUGUGGCAACACGCCCUUCAACCCAGAGUCCAACGCGUGCUGCGGGGCGGAGGUGUUCAACCCUCUGACGCAGGUGUGCUGCGAUAACAGGGUGUAUCCUGGGAAAACCUGUCCGGGCUUUGCUGCUGCAGUUGGCCGUCUGGACACGGCAAGCUUCCAGAACCAGCCACUUGCCAACCGUCUGGGCGGUACGAAGGCUCAAGUGGGGAUGUGCAAGGUCAACAACAUUAACGUGGCGUUCGACGAGAAUAGGCAGCUGUGCUGUGAGAACCAACUGUUCGAUGGAGCCACCAGACGCACACAUAACUGCAGGACAUGUGGCGGGAUCCCCUUCGUGGAGAUCAUUAACGCCGACCCCGCCCAGCGGUGCUGCGGAGCCGCGCCCUUUAACCCCGACACGCACACCUGCUGUGACGAGGACAGGGUGGUGCCGGGACAGGACUGCUACCAGGCUGUUGAUCAGCCGAACGUGGGAGUCCUCCAGCCACCAGGCGGCAGUGUGGGCGGUACCAAGGCGGAGGUAGGGAUGUGUAAGGUCGGCAACAUCAACGUGGCGUAUGACGAGAACAGACAACUGUGCUGUGAGAACCAGCUCUUCGAUAACGCCAACCGCAGGACACAUCAGUGCAGAACAUGUGCAGGAAUCCCCUUCGUGGAGCCCAUCGGGAUAGACCCCCAUAAGAGAUGCUGCGGCGCGACCCCGUUCAGCCCCGCCACACAGACCUGCUGCGACGGAGGACAGGUCGUCUUCGGGCAGGAUUGCUUCGCAGGCUUGCGAGAAGCCACCGGAUCCGUGUAUGUUGCUGACGUGAACCAGUUAGGAGGCACCAAGGCGAAGGUGGGCAUGUGUAAGGUGGCGAACAUCAAUGUUGCCUACGACCCGAGGAGACAGAUCUGCUGCGAGAACCGCAUCUUCGACGGACCUGAAGAACAGACGGACUGCAGAACUUGUGGCGGGGAACCGUUCGUGGAGCCGAGGGGAACAGACCCGGCCAGUCGCUGCUGCGGUAUCCAGCAGUACCGUCCGAACGAACAGGUCUGCUGCCAGGGCCAGCUCCUGCCCUUCGGGACAGAGUGUUUCGGUGGCCUGUCGGGAGGUGGUAGCCAGUUCGGAUUCGUAUCCGGUCAGGACCCCACCUCUAUUAACACCGGAGUUGCCCAGCCGCCCUUCCUCCCGAGCGGCCCCAACUUUUUCCAGCCUGCGCGACCUGUCCAGCCCGACCACCCCCUCUUCGGGCAGUUCGGAGGGACCAAGGCUGACGUGGGGAUGUGUCGGAUCCAGCUGGGCGGAGGGAACGCUGUGAACAUUCGCUACGAUCCGACCAGACAAAUCUGCUGUGAGAGUCAGAUAUUUGAGGGCACCAUGGACACAGUAAACUGCAGAACGUGCGGCACUACGCCAUUCGUGGAGCCGGUGGGUAUAGACCCGGCCAAGCGGUGCUGUGGGCAGGUCCCCUUCAACCCCACCACUCACGUGUGCUGCGAUGGCUCGGUGGUGCCGGGACAGCAGUGUUACGGCGGACUGGAGGAAGCUACCGGUACGACCGACAUCAUCCCCGGGCCGCAGAUCCCGACCACCCAGCAGGGUAACAAGGCUCAGACGGAGGGGUGCCGAGUCCGGGGGGUGGGGGAUCUCCGCUAUGAUCCCAACACGCACAUCUGCUGUGGAGACCAGAUCAUGAGAGGCCCGACAAGCAGCUCUAUAUGUAUGAGGUGUGGCAACACGAUCUUUGUCCAGCCCAUGGGGAUCACAGCUGACCGCUGCUGCGCGGGAGAACCCUUCAACCCUGACUCGGAAAGCUGCUGCGAUGGAGUGGUCUUCCAGGGACUACGCUGUCCACAAGCAGCUACUGGCCAGAGCACGGCCGCCAUCGGUCCAUCCAUCGGGCUGAAGGCGGAGGUGGGGUACUGCCAGGUGGACGGCCGCAGCCAGCCCUUCGACCCGAGCCGGAAGAUCUGCUGCGGGAACCAGCUGUACGAUGGCACCGUCAACACGCUCAACUGCCGCGUCUGCGGGACAGAGUUUUUCGUCGAGUCACCCAACGAGGUUGCUGCCAGGUGCUGUGGACCGCAGAGAUUUAACCCUGAAACUCAAGUGUGCUGUGACGGCGUCGUCACAGGAGGGCGGACAUGUCCCAACGUUGUCGGUCCCGACUUUGCCUCCCUGGACCAGUCAGCCAUCGUCGGCCUGUGUGACGUGAACGGCUACCCGCAGAGCUACAACCCGUCCACCCACAUCUGCUGCAGGGACGGCAUCCACGAGGGCCCGACCCGCGACUCCAUCUGCCGGACCUGCGGCAGCACCACCUUCGUGCAGCGCAGAGGCGUGCCCAUGAUGUGUUGCGGGAACUCUCCGUACGACCCGCGCUCCACCACCUGCUGCAAUGGGAGAGUUCAGCAAGGAUCUAGCUGCAAACACAGCCAAGGAGGAUCCCCAUUCGACGUGAACGUUGGGACGGCCCAGUACGUCAAUCCCGGAGACACGGUGACGCUGACGUGCACGUACUCUCCUGCGUCACGACAGGCUGACGCCAUCACCUGGUCCAAGGGGAACAACCGCAAGUCUGACGCAGUCUUACACAGCGUGUACGGACCGAGAGGGUACGGAGACUUCGCCGGGCGCGUCUCCCUGAUAGACCAGGCGUCUCUGUCGAUCAAGGACGUCCGCCCGGAGGAUACAGGGAAGUACACGUGUGCUGUCCAGAUCGGGAAGUCACGAGUGUCCGGCAGCCUGCAACUAUUCGUGUCCAGUCAACGCCAGAGCUCGGAGUCCGGCUGCCUGGUAGAGAACCGAGUGUACCGUGACCAGGAGAGGUUCCGCCACCCGAGCCAGGCCUGCAUGAACUGUGUGUGCCAGGGCAGGGAAGUGUCCUGCCAGCCCAAGCAGUGUCCUCCCGCAACCUGCCCCAACCCCAGGAAGGAUGAGUGUUGCCAGACCUGUAACGGUUGCAGCUUUGGCGGCCAGGACUACAACAACGGCGACCAGUUCCAGCAUUCAUCUAACCCAUGCAGGACAUGCCAUUGUAUGAACGGCCAUGUGCGCUGCAUGGCCACGACCUGCCCCGAACUGAAGUGUCCGAAUGCCGUGACCCAACCGGGACAGUGUUGUCCGCAGUGCCCAGGUGCGCCAGCAGGUGGGGACUCGGGUUGCAUUUACGAGGGAAGUACCUACUCUGCCGGGCAGCAGUUCAAUGACCCCAGGGACACCUGCAGGCUGUGCAACUGCCAAAAUGGCGCCGUGAACUGCCGUAGGAGACCGUGUCCUGCUGCCAACUGCCCCUACCCCGUCAUCAGAGACUGCUGCCGAGCUUGUGACGACUGCAGUGUCGACGGCCAACAGUACAGGAACGGAGAGGAGUUCGCAGAUCCUCGAGACGAAUGUCUGACGUGUCAAUGCACGAAUGGACACGUGGCGUGCAACCGCAGAGAGUGUCCCGACACAACCUGUGCGAACGCCAUUACUCGCGCUGGAGAAUGCUGCCCUGUUUGUGAAGGUUCUACUGUGCCGGAUGCCCUAACACCGCGCCCAACCGCACCUAACGGACUCUCUGGGUACGCCGUCGACGCCACAACCAUCGCUGUGCAGUGGAGACCGCCUCCAAACACUCUAGGUCUUCGUGGUUACAGACUGUACUACCAGAAAAUCGGAGAUACUGACCCGCAGUCCCUCGACACGGAGUCCAGAGACCUGUCCUUCAACAUCCGGGGUGUUGAGCCGUUCACGGACUACCAGAUCUGGGUGACGUCAUACGGCAUCGGCGGCGAGAGCGAGCGGAGCAACAAGAUCGUCGUCAGGACGUCUGAACGGACUGCACUAGCACCGCAAGAUGUCACCGCAACUGCCAUGGACUCUCAGAGCAUCCUGGUGGAGUGGCGCCACCCAGUGCCUUCUUCCCCAACUGCACGUAUCACAGGGUACCGUAUCCACUACAAGCAGGCGAGCGAGGGCGACGAUCAGUACCAGGACGUAGGACUUUCAACUACAGACACGACGUUCACAAUUCGGGGGCUGAAUCCCUACACGGAGUAUGACGUCAUUGUUGCCACCACCAGUGAAGGCGGGGACGAAGCCAGGAGCAUGCCGGUCAGAGUGCGCACGGCUGAAGGAACGCCUGGCCCAGUGGGUGAACUGACGGGAGAGGCUGAUGGAGACACCUCCAUCAAGGUUUCCUGGCAACCCCCGACUGUGGUCAAUGGAGUCCUGCAGGGUUACCGUAUCUACUAUCAGCGCAUCGGCGACAGAGACUUUGAGGAAGUAGAGGUGAGCGACCCCAGAGAGACGACAUACCUGCUGACUGACCUCAGGAGCAACGCGCGGUACCGGAUCUGGAUGAUCGCCUUCAACGGCGCGGUGGACGGGCUGAAGAGCCAGGAGAUCAUCGUCAACACUGGAGGCGAAUACCCACAAGUUCCCGGAGUCCCACUGGGUGUUCGGGUAUUCCCGGAGGACCCCACGACCAUCCGUGUACAAUGGCAGGCUCCCUCGGAUGGAGGCACACUGUCGGGGUACAGAAUACACUACCAGGUUGAUGGGGAUACGCUGAUAUCUACCGUGGAAGCCGGACCCAAUGCCCGGUCCCAGACCAUCACCGGACUGCAGCCGGGAACUACCUAUAACGUGUGGGUGGUGGCGUACUCAUCGGCUGGGGUCGGCAGGAGGAGCCAGAGAAUAUCCAUCACUACACAGGAGAUAGCUACCGACGAGGCCCCGGGUCCGCCCCGUAACGUGCGCAUGGGCAUCGUGAACCCGACGUCCGUGCAGCUGGACUGGGUGGCACCCAUCCCCGGCGGGUACGACAUCUCCGAGCCGGUCAAGGGCUACAGGAUCCUGUACCAGCGCGUCGGCGUGCGCGUCAUCGGAGAAAUUGAGGUCGACUCGUCGGUCCUCUCGUACACCCUGACGGGCCUGAACCCAAACGCGGAGUACACCAUCUGGAUACAGGCCUUCACGGAAACCACGGACGGGCGCAGGAGUGAGGCUCUCCAGCUGCCGCGGAGAGAGUCUGUAGAAGAAGUUGCUCUGCCAUCUGCACCGGUGGGAGUCGGUGCCAACGCGCUGGAUUCCCGCAGCAUCCGGGUGCAGUGGUCCCAGCCGGAGGGCGACCCGAGCAGCAUCCAAGGGUACCGCGUGCUGUACCGCCGGGCGGGCGACGACAGCAUGGUGUCCGCGGAGGUAGGAGCCGAUCAGACGGCCUACACCAUCAGCAGUCUGUCCAGUGACACCGACUAUGAGAUACAGGUCCUGGCGUACACGGAAUCCGGGGAUGGCGAACAGAGCAGUCCGAUCCUGGUCAGGACACCAUCAGCGCCAGGAACGAGUGAGAUACCAGAAGUGGACUGCUACAAGGACACUGGUGACGACUAUCGCGGCACAGCAAGCACUACAGAAAAGGGAGAGGAGUGUGUGUCAUGGGGCGCCUCUGACGUCUUCCAAUACGGCGUGAAUGAGUUCUCCCAGGGAGAAUUCGGUAUUGGAGACCACAACUACUGCAGGAAUCCUGACGGGGACAUCAAACCCUGGUGUUACGUCGAUCUGAGGGGCACCUACGAGUACUGCGACCUAAAGCGAUGCGUCACCGACUAGCAACGGCGGUUAUUCGUUACUUGAAUGAUAGCCAGGAAAAAAAGCAAAUAUUGUAUUAAGAAACCUUUCAAUUUACGAGAUAAAAAAAGGUGAAAAACUGAGACGGUAGUGGCGUUGAUGUCAUUACGUUUAUACCAUUUUGCCUGUUGUUCCCGUGUUCUUAGACUACGCUUUGUUUUAGUGUAAGUCUAUGUAUACCAUUUGGUUCUAAGAUCAACACUUGUUGACAGAUUGGUGCUAAACUACUACUUGUUGAUCAUGUUUGAACUUUGAGUCCGAUGUCCAAGCAUGACGAUCUGCCCCAAACAUAAUCUCGGUUCAAACAUUGUCUAUACGUAGUACUUCGGAUGAUGGUAAAAAUGGUGAAGGUGCUCACCGCUUGGAUGCGGUCACGGAA